AUGGUCGCUCUUUAUUAUGAGACUCAGAGUAACAAAAAUGCACCGAUUCAGUUAUUUGCUGAGUUAGCCAGUGUGGAGGCAACUGGAGAUCCCACUCCAUUAGGUGAAGAAGAUGGAGUUGAAGCGCCAUACCCCGAUGCGGCACGGCAAAUUGAAGUUUCCGAGUACCCUGAAAUACCACAUGCUAACCGAAUGGGCGUAUAUUCUGAUCCAGAGGAGUUAUACGUGGGCCAGAGAUUUGAAAGUAAGGAAGAAUGCAUGUUUGCCAUUAAGCUGUUGGCUACCUUGAUGCCAAGAAUAGGUCAGCAACAAGUGAACCAGAUGGAGGCGGGACAUGUCUUUAUUGAAAGCAUUAAGGAUGCAAUGGUUGUAAACCGUCAAAUGGCGAGGUCGAUGACUGUACAAGUAUAUUCACGACAUAAUGAAACAUUUCGAGUUACAGAGAUCAUCGGUUGUCGACCCAGUACACCACCUAGGUCCUACGGAGUUGAUCUCCGAAAUAGACGGUGCGAUUGCAGGAGGUUUCAAACACUUCAUUUUCCAUGUGCACAUGUUGUGGUAGCUUGUGCUAAAGUUGGGCUCAAUGUAGAACAAUUUAUCGAUGAAGUGUACACCAUCGAACGCACGUUGCGUGUAUGGGAAAACGAGUUCCCCGUGCUUCUUGACCUAUCUACUUGGGAGGUACCUCCGACGACCUUCGAGCUAGUCCCAGAUAAAAGGUUGCGUAGAAACCUGAAAGGUCGCCCGCAAUCAUCCAGAAUCCAUAACGAAAUGGACAUUAGGGAGAUAUCUGACGGGAAUUUGUGUGGCGUAUGCAGAUUAGCCGGUCAUAAUCGGAGUAAAUGCCCUCUUCGAAAUUACCAUGUUGGACAAUCGUCUCAAUCGGGUAGAAAUUGA